UCAGUUACUGUUUUAGGUAAAACCCACUGGAUUAUAUAAGAAAUAUAUAAGGAGACCAGUUAAUCCCAUAAUGAAUAAACUUUCCAAAAUAAACCGAUAUGAAUGACUAGAUUGGUGACAGUUAUAACAAGCAUCGAUGGAUCGAUUAAGUAUAAUUUCUGGAGCACUGUUUUUUACAGCUGAUGUCUUUGCAGUGGCAAGUUUGGCCAUGCCAAGGUGGAUUGUUUCAGAUAUCGGAGGUCGAACAUAUAUUGGACUUUUGAAAUCCUGUCUAGAAAUGUAUGGACAACAGCAGAGUGAGAUGUGUUUUACACCUUCCCCUAUCCGUGCUGAAUGGAUACUGACAUUUAUCUGUAUAAUUCUUGGUAUAAUGUGUGUCACAACAACCAUAAUACUACUAAUUAUAUCUCACUGGAGAUAUCGAGUGAUGAAACAUGCAAGAUGGCUUGGAUUUGCUGCCAUGAUUCUGUUCUGUAAAGCUGCAGUAGUAUUCCCUAUAGGAUUUAAUAUGGAUCAGAUUGGUGGAGAGCCGUAUCAGUUGCCUAAUAAUUACCAAGUUGGAAUCUCAUAUAUCUUUUUCGUUCUGGCUUUAUGGAUAACUGUUGUAUCAGAACUUUUUGCCAGUAAAGUCUGCUUACCACAUUUCUAGAACUAAUGUUUCUAACAUUGUUGCAUGAACAAAAGAAAAGCAAGCCUAUCUUUACAUCAUUUACAUGGUU